CACGAUCAAUCAUCCUUCAUAUAGUACUGGUUUCUAUAGUAGUAGUCACACUGUUCAUCUCUAAACCUCUCUUAUAUCUGUUAUUCUCCAAAAGUUCGCCCAAUUUAAUAGAACACUAUACGGACGAUACACCGGUUCACCGUCUGCCAAAAUCCGUAGUACCGAUACAUUAUCAAAUUGAGCUAGUAUUAGCAAGCAAAGCUAAUUAUCAUGGCGAAACCAAUAUUACUAUCAACAUCGUUCAAAAAACAAAACAGAUAAGUUUUCACUCCAUAAAUCUGUGUAUAACUUCCAACAUGAUCGCAUUAAGUAAUAACAAUGGUGUUUCCUGUGAAACGGAGGGACUCGACUGCUACGCUGAUAAACAGUGGAAUACCAUUAAUUUUGCUAAUACACUGUUACCUGGACGUUACACCUUGUACAUAAAAUUCAAUGGCAUUAUAACUGACGAUAUUACAGACGGUUUCGCUAGAAUUCCGUACACAGAAAAUACGCAAAAAGGUCAAAACUGGUUCUACGUGGCGAAUUCUCGAAUAAAGGGAGCUCGGCGGAUAUUUCCAUGUUGGGACGAACCGGAAUUCAAGGCUACUUUCGAGCUUAACAUAAAACAUCCCAAAAACUGCAUAGCUUCUUCGAACAUGCCCUUAAUAAGUAGUCAUGCAGAUACGGAAGACGGCGGCGUAUGGACAUACUUCAAUCUCACUCAAGAAGUGCCCACUUAUCUCAUUAUAUUUACGAUACAUAAAAAUGAUUUCGUCAGGACAUCCAUCGACAAUGUCGAUAUAUUGUACAAAAAACACACGAACGAAGAACACUUGCAAUUCGCGGAACAAGUUAUUACGUUUGUCGGCUACGUAUUGCGCAAUUUCGAGUGGCAAAUUUCACAGGAAGCAAACAUUCCAAACCCGAACUUGCAACACCCUGAGCAGAAGCGAACCAUGGAAGAUUUAAAGAUCAUUCUGUACAGGGCAGAACAUAUUCUUUAUGAUGAAAAAUCAGAUCCUAGUGCACGUAAAGCGGAUAUAGUACGCUUUAUAGCGCACGAAAUGAUAUACGUGUGGCUUAGUAACAAAGUCACCCCAUCUUGGUGGUCUUACCUGUGGAUAAAUGAGGGUUUGUCUAUGGUGAUUCAAAUGGAUGCUCUUUAUAAGAUUUUCCCGGAAUUAGAAAUGAUGAAUUUAUUCGUCGUACAGACUCAACACGAAUGUCUUCGUAUGGAUGUUUUGCAUGAUGACUUGCGUGAUUAUCCUCUUAAUACAGUCAUUCAGAUUCCAUCUGAAAUUAACGAAAUUACUGGGUACUAUUAUCGUAUCAAAGCGCCCAUGAUAUUACGUAUGUUAAAACAUGUAAUUAACCAGCCAGGGUGGUUUAUGAUUGGUGUGAACAGAUAUUUACGUAAGUGGAAAAAUGGCUUGCCAACUCCCAAUGAUUUCUGGACCGCUAUUCGAUAUGUAGAUCCAGACGGUACUAACUUAAAACAUCUAAUGGACUCUUGGACAAAUAAAAUUAGUUAUCCUAUAUUAGAAGUGACACGGGAUUACACAACUGGCGUUAUAACAGUACGGCUAAAUCGACAGGCACUAACUACAUGGUCCAUACGUGUGAGUUUCACCUCAGAGAGUGUAUGCAAUUUUCAUGAUAUCGAUGGUCAAAGUACAUGGAUGACAUUUUACUACAUUCUCUCUUCUAGACUUUAUGACAUUCAUCCAGAUGAUUGGGUCAUACUUAAUUUACAACAAACUGGUUAUUAUCGUGUUUAUUACGACAAAAGAAAUUGGAGGAGACUUGCGCGUUUCCUGAAAACUGAAAAAUAUGAUAAAAUACAUGUUCUCAAUCGUGCACAAAUCAUCGAUGAUGCAUAUUACUUUAUGGUGCGCAAGAUGCUCGAACACGAUGAGUUUGCUGACAUCAUAGAGUACCUUGCAUUACGCGAAACGAAUUAUAUAGCAUGGUAUCCUAUGAUAAAAAACUUUGAAUUAAUGUCACGUACCUUUCCAUAUCAACAGAGCACAUAUAUAAAGCAACAUGUUCUGAGGUCGCUUGUAGAUGGACUUCUUCAAAAAAUAGGAUUCCAAGAAAUAUCUCAUGAGGAUGAUCUAACUAAACGGUUAAGGCAAGAAGCUAGACAUUGGGCAUGCGUUCUCAAUAGCACCAUGUGCACAGAAGCAGCGACAGUUGAACUACGGCAUUAUAUGUUGGAUGAGCCAUCGGCAUACAAAUUUUGGUCGGGCUGGAGAGAAUGGACGCAUUGUAAAGGUUUGAUGUCCGGGGACGCUGAUACUUGGAAUAAACUGUUCGUUAUAUGGGCGAGCAAAAGAGAUAAUCAAACUUUAGAAUAUCUGGCUUGCACUGAAAAUCUUGAGAUCAUUUACAAAUAUUUGAGACCACUCUCAUCGGAUCACGCAUAUGCAAUAAUGCAACAUCAUCAUGCUAAGAGCUUCCUCUCCGUUGUUGCGCGGCAUGCAAAAAACAUCGCUAUACUCAAAUUUAUAUUAAGAAAUUUUAGGAAAAUUAAACCCAAGGAAGUCAGCACGGUUGCAGCUCUCCUUGUUAUUAUCAAUAAUGUGUAUUCUGCGGAGCAACUUCAAAUGAUACAAGAAGCCCUAAAAAAGUAUUAUAUGAAGGAAAAAACCUUUUUGGAUUUAGAAUACAAGAUAAGCAAACGCUUGGUUCAAAUAAGGAAUGCUUGAAUUUUAUCAAAUGUAUAGUCAUUUUAAAAUAACUGUCAGGCGCUCCUAAAAUAAGACAAAAUAAAAAUAGAAUAAUUUCCUUGCUUUAUUAAAUAUUUUUAUUGUAAAAUUAUAAUAAUGUAAAUUAAAAUUCUUUUUUUGUUUAAGAUUUGAAUUAUUGUAAUAUGAUUUUUAAUACAAGACAAAAAUAUUGCUAAAACUGCAUCUUCUUACUUAGUGCUUUCUUUUGAUGGAAGUAUUUGUAUCAAAUAUUUACUUACUACUUUUUAAAAAUAAAAAAUGUUUAACAUGUAUAAAAUUACUUACAAUAUUUAUCAAAUAUGACAGGAUCUUAUGUUUAUAUGUAUGUACAUAGCAUUAAAACAUUCGCACUGUAAAAGAUAGUUCUAUCAUAUUUAAUCAUUUUAUCAUGUUUAAGUAUUUUUUAAUUUUGAUAAAUAUGGUUGCUUUUAAUUGUAUGUAUGUAUGUAUAACAAUAACAUUAUAUCUAUACCAAGGAAAAUAAAUGAGUAAGUAGAAAAUUUAUGAGAAUAAAUCAGUCGUCAGUCUCUAGAAAUUUAGACAAAUGUAUUUUGUGCGAUUCUUAUUAUAUUAAUAAUGAAUAAACCAAUAUUAAUAAUAUUAUGAA